AUGCGGUUCAAGACUUCUAUAAGGAACAUCCAGACGUUUUCCAAACUCACUGCAUCAUUGUCUUCAUUGGGAAAGGUAGCAUGGGUUCGUCUUGAUGACCUCAAUGUACGGUUUACCAUAAUACCAGAAACUGGAACCCAAGUGUGGGCGUCUCUUUCAAUAGACUCCAUCUUCGAGGAUUACACUAUCCAAUCCAAUGCCGAAAACAAUGCCAUCAACCUCGAACUCCCUCUUCCACCCCUCCAUCGCGCUCUAAAGUCAGCAAUCAACGCGUCAUCCGCGUCAAUACGCCUCACAAAGAGAGAUGGGGUGCCUGUUCUCUCGUUGACAAUCAUUACGAAUACGAUCAGCAGCGGCAAUACUGCGAAUGGCUUUCUCAAUGGCGCAAGUCAGGAUCCGUUCGGAGACAAUGCUUUCAGGGAACAGGACCUCAAUGCUGGAAGGGAAAGAGAAGCCGUGGUUACGCAGGACAUUCCAGUUAGGGUUUUGACUGCUGAUAGUGUGGAGGGCAUACAUGAGCCUCGAGUCCGCGAGCCGGACGCCCACAUAAUUCUCCCCUCGCUCAUCCAGCUGAAGGCUAUCUCGGAUCGAUUUACGAAGCUUGCAUCGGCCACCAGCACGGGGGCAAUCAGAAGUGGAGGGGCGAACAAUAUACCAAAGCUGGAGCUUUCUGCGAAUAUGCAUGGGAGUUUGAGACUUAGCAUUUCUACUGAUGCUUUAAACAUAUCGAGCGUAUGGACCGGCUUGACAAAUCCACUACUUGAUCCGAAUCAAGUCAAUCCAGACGGAGAAGGCCUCGAGGAUCAUCCAAGCACCUUAUUGAGAGAGAGAGGGCCCGACGCCUGGUCUACGGUACGCAUCGAUGGCAGGGACUGGGGCAAAGUCCUCAGCGUAGGCAGAUUAGGCGGACGCGUAAUUGCUUGUUUCGCGGACGACCACGCCCUGAUUCUUUACGUAUACCUUGCGAAUUACGAAGACGGAACUGAUGAGUCGGUCUUGACUUAUUAUAUCUCGUCCUUCAGUGCAUAA